AUGGAGAUUUCAACUACCACAGAAGACUACUAUACAACCACAGAAUUUGACUAUGGGGACUUCACCCCAUGCCAAAAGGCUGCUGUAAGAGCCUUUGGGGCUGGACUCCUACCCCCCCUGUACUCCCUGGUGUUCAUCAUUGGAGUGACAGGCAAUGUCCUGGUGGUUCUGGUGCUCAUGCAGUACAGGAGGCUUCAAAGCAUGACCAGCAUCUACCUAUUCAACCUGGCCAUCUCUGAUCUGGUCUUCCUUUUCACUUUGCCUUUCUGGAUUGACUACAAACUGAAAGACAACUGGAUUUUUGGUGAUGCCAUGUGUAAACUCCUCUCUGGGUUUUAUUACCUGGGCUUAUACAGUGAGAUCUUCUUUAUCAUCCUGCUGACGAUUGACAGGUACCUGGCCAUUGUCCAUGCAGUGUUUGCCCUGCGGGCUCGGACUGUCACUUUUGGCAUCAUCACCAGUAUCAUUACUUGGAUCCUAGCCAUCUUGGCCUCGGUCCCCAGCUUAUACUUUUUCCAAGCCCAGUGGGAGUUCACCCACCAUACCUGUAGUCCUCAUUACCCCUAUGAGAGCUUGAAGCAGUGGAAGCGGUUUCAGGCUCUGAAGCUGAACUUCCUUGGGCUAAUUUUGCCUCUGUUAGUCAUGAUCAUCUGCUACACAGGGAUCAUCAGCAUUCUGCUCCGACGACCCAGUGAGAAGAAGGCCAAAGCAGUGCGUCUGAUAUUUGCUAUCACGCUUCUCUUCUUCCUCCUCUGGACACCCUAUAAUCUGACUGUAUUUGUUUCUGCUUUCCAAGAUGUUCUAUUCACCAAUCAGUGUGAGCAGAGUAAGCAGCUCGACCUGGCCAUGCAGGUGACUGAGGUGAUUGCCUAUACCCACUGCUGUGUCAACCCGGUCAUUUAUGUCUUUGUGGGUGAGCGGUUCCGGAAGUACCUCCGGCAGCUGUUUCAAAGGCAUGUGGCUGUACCCCUGGCAAAAUGGCUGCCCUCCUGCUUUGUGGACCAACCAGAAAGGGCCAGUUCCAUGUCUCCAUCCACAGGAGAGCAUGAGCUCUCUGCUGGCUUCUGA